AUGGGAGUCCCCAGGGCCAUCCUGCUCCGCCUCUAUGUGGCUGUGCUCUGCCUGGCAGCGUCCCAAGCCCUGCAGUGCUACAGCUUUCAGCACACCUACUUUGGGCCCUUUGACCUCAGCGGCUUGAAACUUGCCAACGUCUCCUGUCCCUAUGGAUGCUCUGAGGCCGUCGUGUCACUGGACACUGGGUACCGCGCCUCGGUGACCGUGGUACAGAAGGGCUGCUGGACGGGCCCAUCCACCGGCCAGAUGGUGUCGAACGACUACGCGCUGCCGCCCGACUACUCGGUAGUGCGCGGCUGCACAACCGACUGGUGCAACGACGACCUCAUGACCCACGACACCAUCCCCAACCUGAGCCCAGCGCCCAACCCCCAGACGCUCAGCGGCCUCGAGUGCUACUCCUGCGUGGGGAUCCACCCCGAAGACUGCACCCCGGAGAAGUCCCGACGGGUCCGGUGUCACCAGGGCCAAAGCGUCUGCUUUCUGGGCAAUGGCCAAGUGACCGUCGGCAAUUUCUCAGUCCCCGUGUACAUCAGAACCUGCCACCGGCCCUCCUGCACCGUCGUGGGCACCACCAGCCCCUGGACAGACAUCGACCUGAAGGGCUCCUGCUGUGAGGGGCACCUCUGCAACGGGGGCUCCACGACCCAGCCCUCGGACACCGCGUCGGCCGCCACCCCUCCCCUGGCGCCCCACAUCGCGGCCCUGCUCCUCGGGGUGCCCCUGCUGGCUGGCACGCUGGGAGGACCCCGCUGCCUCUCGCUGUAG